CAGGUGCUAUGCGUCAUCCGCCAUAUCGUUGGAUUUUGAGAAAGUACAUGUUGAUUGUUAAUCGUAAUAAUUCGAUUAAUUUGUGAAAAAACUUUUAAAAAGUGGGUUAAAUGUGUAUAUAAACAUGGGUGAGUGGUACAGAAUGAAGAACGGCUUCAACAAACAUAAUUCAUCUGAAUUGUCAGUGGAAACAUCUUGUGAUAUGUCAGACUCUUUUAACAUAUUUUCUGAUAAUUUAAGUCCGAUACCGGCUUCAAUUGUGCCUCGAAAGUUAGAUUUUAGUAGUAUGGACGAGGAUGAAGGCCCGAGGGACCCUACAUCAGCUCCUGCAUCCCUCAGUCCACCGUACAAAAGGGUCAAGGCUCUUAAAUUAUUCGAUAGUCCGCACACUCCGAAAACGCUGCUAGAGAAAUGUUCAACGCCCUCCCAUCACCCCCCCAGAUCGAGACUCUUCCCGCCAAAAGUCAACGCGCCAACUGGCAUGCCGUCUGGCUCGAGUCACCAUCUGCACCCACCGUCGGACGAGGACAGUGCCCUCGGCAGCCUACCGCCGGACGAACUCGACGACACGAGGCCUGCGAGGCGACCACUCGCCAACAUCAACCCUUUCACACCUGACGGUCAAGCGUUGAAUAAGAAGAAGAGAGCUCUGUCGAAGACUCCCACGUGGGGAGACGCGACGCCCGAGCAGCCUGCGAAGCGACUCAGAGAGUCCAACAUCUCGCGCUACAACGUGGAGUUCUUGGAGCUGGGCGUGGUGGGGCGCGGCGCGUUCGGUCGCGUGGCGCGCUGCGUCAACAAGCUGGACGGCUGCGUGUACGCGCUCAAGCGCUCGCUGCGCCCCGUGGCCGGCUCGGCCGCCGAGCGCGCCGCGCUCACAGAGGUGUACGCGCACGCCGCGCUCGGCCGCCACCCGCACCUCGUCCGAUAUUACUCUGCGUGGGCGGAGGACGAUCAUAUGAUAAUCCAGAGCGAGUACUGCGACGGUGGCUCGCUGCAGCAGCUGAUGGAAGCGGGGCCGUUACCGGAGAGCGAGCUGCUGCUGCUGCUGGCGCACGUCGCAGACGGACUCGCGUACAUCCACUCGCAGCAGCUGGUGCACAUGGACCUCAAGCCGGGCAACAUCUUCAUCGUGCGCGGCGAGGGCGGCGCCGCCCCCGACUCCGACGACGGCUACGACGACGACGAGCCCGACCUGCCGCUCCACAAGUACAAGAUCGGUGACUUGGGUCACGUGACCUGCGUUUCGUCACCGUCGGUGGAGGAGGGCGACUGCAGGUAUCUUCCCAAGGAGGUUCUUCAGGAGGACUUCACGCAUUUAACCAAAGCUGAUAUAUUUGCUUUCGGUCUGACAUUAUACGAGGCCGGCGGCGGGGGAGCCCUGCCCAAGAACGGUCAAGAGUGGCACGACAUCAGAGACGGGAAGCUACCCGUCUUACCGAACCUCUCCAGGGAGUUCAAUCAGCUGUUAAAGAAAAUGGUGGACCCGGACCCGAACCAGCGUCCGUCGGCAGCGCGCCUGCGCCGCCACCCGCUGCUGCACCCGGCCGGCAACAAGAGCAAGGCGCAGCUGCGGCGCGAGCUGGCCGCCGCCAAGCUCAAGAACGAGCUGCUGGCGCGCAAGCUGCAGGAGGCGGCCAGAUGUAUAAAAUCGUUAACGCCGAACCUAGUGAACCAGGAAUCGGCAAAGUUUCGAACGAGAUCGGCGAAGCGUUUACAGAAGCCCCGAAUCGACUCCAACAUCAGAUUAGCCAACUGCGCGGGAGAUAUUAUAAGCUACGACACGCCAGCCAGAGUGACGGUGGCGAGUGACUUCGCGAACCGGACGUACCCGCUGUUCAUAACGGCGAGACAGCAGAAAGGAGUAUUCUCCUGGCAGCUGCCCAUGCUGGUGCAGACGGACACGCUGGAGCAGUUCACGAACAUAUCCAGAACGCUGUGCCCUCACAACAACAUCUUCUCCGAGGACCAGGACACGUGUGAGAUAACGAAUUUAAACACGCCGAUCGUCCACCUGACGUCGUCGUCGCCCGACCCGAUACAAGUGACCAUCGUUGUGCAGACCGUGCAGAACUUUUACAUCAAAAUGAACACAGUGGUUAACAUGACGAUCACGCCGAGCCAGCCCAAGUACUACUUCUAUCCGUUCGACCAGGGACCCAAUAAAGUCGUUGACCUGGAUUCCCAGAGCAUCAAAAAGAAGUUCAUCUGCAAUAAGGAGCUGGAUUCGAAGGAGCGGUCGACGCUGGACAGGUACAUGCUGCGGCGGAACCUGAAGACCGAGUACGGCUGGCUGUCGAAGCCGAAGAGUGUCAUCGUGAUGAUCGAGUCUGACGAUGAUAUUUGCGCGGUCGUGUCGAUACAAAACUUUUCGUGCCCGGUGUUCGACAACGAGCGCGACAUCCUGUACGACGGGUACUACCUCACCAUGACGCGGCGCGGCGGGAUCACGCUCACGCAAGACACGUUUCCGUUGGGCUUCUACAUCGUCUUCAUAGUGAAGACAUCAGAUGACGAUUGUACCGGUUCCGUCGCGUCGAACGAAACCUUACCAAAAAUGGCUCAGUACUUCGGCUGGGAGGACAACGUGAGCGUGGGCACUAACGAUGGGAGAGUGAAAAGGUUUAGCUUCAAAAUAAUCCCGACGAUAUCGUACCAGGAGUACAUCAUCGCUGGCGGCGCCGCGCUCGGGUUCUUCCUGUCGUUCUACGUCGCGUUCGUGGUGGUCGUGCUGUGCCAGCGGUACCGCCGCCCGCCCGCCGACGAGCGGCUGCUGCCCCCCUCCCCGCCCGACCGCGGCGACGGGCGGCGCCGGCGCGCCGUCAACGACACGAGCGGCAGCUCCAACCGGCGCAGAGACGGCAGCUCGUCGUCAGACACCGACACGGACCUGUCGACCGUCGACGACGGCACCACCGACCGGGACUCGUGCCUGCAGGGCAAGCUGUGCGUCGCGAACUUGUCCAGGUGCCGGCCCCGCGUGCUGUCGGCUCGCUCCAAGAUGUACCAGUGGAACGUGCUGACGGUGGCCGUGUUCUACACGCUGCCGGUCGUGCAGCUCGUCGUCACCUACCAGCGGUUGCUCAACCAGUCGGGCAACCAGGACCUGUGCUAUUUCAACUUCCUGUGCGCCCACCCGCUGCUGGCGCUGUCCGACUUCAACCACGUGUACUCCAACUUGGGCUACGUGCUGCUCGGCGCGCUGUUCGUGGCGCAGGUGUGGCGCCGGCAGCGCGCGCACGAGCAACGCACGCAGCAGCAGAAAGAGCUCGGCAUCCCGCAACACUUCGGGCUGCUGUACGCGAUGGGCAUCGCGCUGGUCAGCGAGGGGCUGCUGUCGGCUGCCUACCACGUGUGCCCCAACAGCAUGAACUUCCAGUUCGACACGUCGUUCAUGUACGUGACCUCAGUGCUGUGCAUGGUGCGGCUGUACCAGGCGAGGCACGCCGACGUGAACGCGCGCGCACACGCCACCUUCGGCGUGCUCGCUCUCAUCAUAUUCAUUGGGCUGGUCGGCGUGUUGAACGCUAACUUCUACUUCUGGGUCGCGUUCACGGGCCUGCACCUCGUCACGUGCCUCGUGAUGACGUUCCAGAUAUACUACCUCGGCAGGUUUAGACUCGACGGCGCGCUGCUGUCCCGCGCGGCGCGCUCGCUGUCGGCGCGGCCGCUGGCGGCGGUGACGCCCGCGCGCGCCGGCCGCUGCGUGCUGCUGCUGCUCGCCAACCUCGCCAACUGGGCGCUCGCCGCCUACGGGUUGUCGCAGCACAGCCGCGACUUCGCGUCGCACUUGCUGCUGGUCCUCAUGAGCAACCUGUUCCUGUACACGUUGUUCUACAUCGUGAUGAAGCUGCUGCAUCGGGAGACCAUCGCCUGGUAUAGCUGGGUGUUCAUCGCGCUGACGUACACGGUGUGGUUCGGCUCCAGCUACUUCUACCUGGACCUGAACACCAACUGGGCGCUCAGCCCGGCGCAGUCGCGGCAGAGCAACCGCGUGUGCUCGCUGCUGCAGCUCUACGACUCGCACGACGCCUGGCACUUCCUGUCCGCCACCGCCAUGUUCUUCUCCUUCAACAUGUACCUCACCGUCGACGACAACCUGCGCGACGUGCCACGCACUGACAUCAUGGUCUUCUAGGCGUUCCUGACAAACCGACCCGUCGGCGCAUCCUCCACUUGGAGAAAUAUCACAAACAUCAGGCUCGCAUGGACUGAAUCCGUGACUAAAUAAAUUGAAUGUUUUGAACCGACCGAAUCGAUAUAGUAGAUAAGUUUUUUUUAAUAUAGAAUAGGAAGGCGGACGACCAUAUGGGCCACCUGAUGGUAAGUGGUCACCAACGCCCAUAGACAUUGGCAUUGCAAGAAAUGUUAACCAUCGCUUACAUCACCAAUGCGCCACCAACCUCGGGAACUAAGAUGUUCUGUCCCUUGCGCCUGUAAUUACACUGGCUCACUCACCCUUCAAACCGGAACACAACAAUACCAAGUACUACUGUUUUGCGGUAGAAUAUCUGAUGAGCGGGUGGUACCUACCCAGACCCAGUAUUUUCUAUUUAUCAUAUUUGUGCCGAGUGUAGUGCCGCCGCAAUGCUUAUACAAUGUUGUAGCUAAUACGCGCUGAUAACACAAAAGUUGCCAAUUUUCCUUUAGUACAUCUUUCGAACAACGUCAGCAAUAAACACCGGAAUACAUGAUAUGUAGCUUUUGAAAUUAUCUUUGUUACAAUUAAAUUAAUAAAACAUUGCCGAGUCGGCAUUACACGUGGAUUUUGACCGGAGGCUGUUCAAGUUCGGAAAAGUAUCACAAAGAGUUACAUGUGCUUAAGUCCGGAGAGCACUCACGGCUGUUACGUUAGUAUUUACGGACGGUGGAGCUUUGUGCGGAAGUGUUCGUUGUUGGAGUGAGAUGCACAAACAGACCGUCACUGCGGAGCGACAGAGAUAGCGGUAUAUCUGAGAUGUUUUCAUAGUCAUCUAAUCCUCUAUACAUUCAUAUCGAUAACAUAUAGCUCUCUCCAACGGCAGAAGUAAAGAUUAAACAACCGUUGACCGUCGACUGCUGUGUCCCGAGUGGACGCGUUAAAGAAUCACCUACAAAGCCUAUUAGCAUUUCGCAUUGAAUGUUUAAAUCCAAGGUUUGUUUAUCUUUAUUCUCCAUUUGGAUAUAAUUAAGUGUAUUAAUUUAUACGAUAAUUGCUCGUGCAAACGUCCUAUGUAUCUUUAUUUUCUUAUUUACGAAUGGAAUUUAUGUAGAAGUAUAUAUCUGUAUUAACAUACUUCUAAGUUACCAUGACAACGCAGAGAUAAUAGACAUGAAUUAGAUUGUUUAAAUGAGACCGGAUCACUUUUUCAUUCAAUUUUGAAUGAAUCGAAUGAAAAAUUUCCGUACUCGCCAUUUGCUAGUUCGUUCUCGUGUCGUGUAAUAUGAUUUUUCUGUAAACAUAUUGAAUUAGAAAUCAAUUAUAAAAAUAAAUAUAUGAUCUGUGCUAUUACUCGAGUUAAAGUAUAUUAUAUAUGUAUAUAAAGGUCAUGUGAACAUAUAUGACGGAGGAUGAGCCUCAGCUUCAUCAGUAUGGUCCAUAGUUUCUAACUUCUAAGUUGCGGGCGUCGAUGGAUAAUGUUGGAGCAACGAAACGCAUUAGAUAAUGAACACGUUUAUAAUGUUCAAUCACUCAGCACUAUAACUAGGAACGCGCGUCGGUUUCAAUAUUCGACCGCACUGGCCGGCUGCUGCACAAGAAGCGUCGUGUGCGCCGCUCAGCCGGUGAAUCAUUGACUCCGUCGAGCGCCGACAGAGGGCGCUAGCGUUCCAAUGAUGAAACGAUUGCGACAUAUAUAUAUGUUUACAUUGUAGUAAGUAAUUAAUGUUAAAGAUUAUUCAUAUAAGUUGAAAACUCAUGUGAUAUUUGUUGAGUAAAAUCUGAAUUUUGAUUUAUUCAUUCGAUAGAGUAUGUGUCUUUGAAGGUAAUUAAUAAUUAUGUAUAUUUUGUUGUUAAAAUAAUUAAAAAUAAAAUAAUAUUAUACACUUCAUUGUAUUUCCCCUAUGGAAUGGUUUUGACCGAGUGAAGCAAGAAUGAUUUGAAUGAACAUAUUGAAUAAUCAGUCAAUUAGAUUUAAUGCUAUUUUACACCAAAGAAUUUUGGAGCUUGUCUCGAUAAAACGACUUCGCACUGCUUGUAAAUAUAUAUUUUAAAGAUUUAUAUUCAAAUAUUUUAACUAUUGUCUACAUUUGAAUAAUUAUGAGUUUAUCGACGGGCCCGUUGGCGUGGUUGGUAGAUACCUUUCACGCCGAAGGUUGUGGUCUCACCCAGGACAGACAUUUGUGUCCAUGAACAUGUCUGUUCGUCCUGAGUCUGGGUGUAAUUAUGUAUAUAAGUGUGUAUUUACAAAAGAAAAGUGGUGUAUGUAGUAUAUCAGUUGUCUGGUUUCCAUAGUACGAGCUCUGCUUAGAUUGGGAUCAGAUGACCGUGUGUGAAUAAUGUCUCAGGAUAUUAAUUAAUUUAUUACAAAACCAACAACUGAUCUAAAUUUCAAUUGCAAUAAUAGUAAUAUUCGUAGUGUAAGAAAAGAUAAAGCUUGUAGUAAAAGCAUUCUUGCUGUUAUGUAUAUCCAAAUAUAUUUACAAGUAGAACCAGUAUUGCCUUCACAAAUAAAUAACUAAAUAAAUAUAAAAAUGAAUUUUCAACUCCUUUAGAUAUUAUAUUUAAUGUUCCAAUUAGUUGUAUCGAUGCUGUGUAAUGAUCUC